UUUCAUGGCUGACCCCAGCAGGGAAAUUGUCCAUUCAGAGUUGGUCCAGGUGACCGAGACCACAAGUUCUGGGGCUAUGGAGACUGUUGCCCUCAGGCGCGGAUUGGACCAUUUGCUUGACAGUGGCCUACAUUUGGAGGUCUUGGCGACUGAUCGUUCCACGAGUGUCAAGAAAAUAAUGCGCGAGGAAUAUGAAGAGAUUGAUCAUCAAUUUGAUAUUUGGCACACUGCGAAGAAUAUCCAAAGCAAAUUGAUAUCGAAGUCCAAGAAGAGGAGAUGUGCAGCAUUGAAACCUUGGAUCCGCUCAAUCCGGAACCAUCUCUGGUACUCUACUGCCAGAGCAGGAGGAAAUGUUGAGAAAUUGAAGUCGACGUGGAAUUCAAUUCUGCACCACAUAAUCGAUGAACAUACAUGGACUGAAGGUGGGACUGAGCAUAGCUGUCAACACCCACCUCUAACCGAUGAAGACCGGGAGAAAAAAAUGUGGCUGUGUAAGGACAGUGAGGCAUAUCAGGAGCUGGCUAGCAUAGUCCUCAACACAACACUCCAGAAGGAUCUAGGAAACAUGGGGCGUUUCAAACACACAGGUGCCUUGGAAGUAUUUCACAGUUCCCUCUUGAAGUAUGCUCCAAAGAGACAGUGCUUUUCCUAUCAGAGUAUGAAGCAGAGAACAAACUUGGCCAUCAUGCAUCACAAUGAGAACCUGACUCAGAAACCAAAGCUGGACUCAGAAGGAAAACCUGUGAUCAUUCAAGAAUGGAGCAAGCGUUCAAAAGAAUGGGUCACAAGACAGAGGUAUCAGCAAAACACGGUCAACUUCAGAACCAGGUUGAUGCAGUUGCUGUUGGAGAGGCGGAAUGAUCCUACUGUCAUCUUCAGGGACACAUCGUCAACUCUUCUUAGACCUGACCUGCCUGCUAACAUAGGAACACUCCCCAAACCAUCCAAAGAUGAUGCUGCCCGGAAACACAAGAGUCGUUUUGCUAAAUGAGUGACUCAUUA